UUCUAUUGUAAUAUACUCUUUUGAGAAUAUGGUUCUGGAGUUUUAAUGCAUAUCAUCAUAAUAAAAACAAUAUUGUUAACAUAUCAAUUGUUUUAUGGAUAUGGUAUGGUUUUUGCUGUGUCCGAGAACAAACAAUAAAGUCGUAUAAUAAAUAUUUUAACGAAGAAAUGUUUAAAACAAUUGAAAUCGAACACUUCAAGAUAAUAUACACAGUACGAGUCAGAACGAAAUCAUUUAGCUGUGAACGCUCAGGCUCUUAACAUCCAUUGAAAUUGACGGAGAACGUUUCACGAAUCGCGGUAACCGUAGUCCGAAUUUAAAAUGUUUAGAGAAAAGUUAAUAACUGCGGUCUGCUUAAUUCUUUCGAAUAUCGUCACUUUUAAUGCUGCUGUGCAUAUACCACCUGAAGAGGGGUUUUCAGCUAGUAAUAACGUGUCCAACAUCGGCUUCUAUGAAUUAAGACCAGUUAUAAUCAAUUUACCGACUUGGUCAGUAGAGUUUAACGAUGUGAAAAUUAACAUGAGCAUGAAAGAAACGAAAGAAAUACCAUUGACAAUAAAUCAUAUUGAUUCGAAUUGGGGUGAUGACUAUGAGUUUCAUAUUAUACCGGAGGACACAAGUUUGUUGGAAAUUGACCAUGUAAUUCGUGCUGCUGAUAUACCCAAAGGUGUUAAGAGUUGGAGUGGUAAUUUUUCGGUGACUGCAAUUUUUUUGGGUGAAACAAAAGUCAAAGUGGAACUACAUCGUCCAAAUUAUGCUCCAGAACGUUCAAUGGAAUCCAUAAGUAUUAUUAUUUUAAGAAAAGAAGGCGCUCUGGAUCAAAUAUUUAAAGUAUGUGUUGCGUGCCUUGUAAUGGUUUUAUAUAUAAAUUUUGGUGCUGCUUUGGAGUUGGAUGCAUUGAAACGUAUUGUACUGCGCCCAGUUGGACCUGCUAUUGGUUUUAUUGGACAAUUUAUUGUAAUGCCGCUGUUAAGUUUUUUUAUUGGUUAUUUCCUGUUUCACGAUAUGAUUGAGUUAAGACUCGGCUUAUUUUUCACUGGUUCAACACCCGGUGGUGGUGCAUCCAAUAUUUUUACAGUGAUAUUAAAUGGAAAUCUUAACUUAUCUAUUACAAUGACUGCCAUCAGUAAUUUAGCAGCAUUUGGUAUGAUGCCUUUGUGGAUCUUUACAUUAGGUGCUUUAAUUUUUCAUGAUGGCAAUUUUGCAAUACCCUAUGGAACAAUUGCUACAAUGUCCUGUUCAUUGGUUCUACCACUCUGCAUUGGGAUUGCUUUACAAAAAUAUGCACCUGAAGCGACGAAAAAAAUGUCGAAGCUAUUAAAACCCAUUUCAUUGGCUUUAAUCUUAUUCAUCACAAUAUUUGCGUUCACUGUUAAUUCUUACAUUUUUAAAUUAUUUUCUUGGAAGAUUAUCAUCGCUAGUAGUGCUCUACCUUGGAUAGGUUAUCUAAUUGGCUGGUUGUUGGCUACAAUAUGUCGACAGAAUGCCAAGGAUGCUCUAACAAUAGCUAUUGAGACCGGCAUACAAAAUACUGGUAUUGCGAUAUUUAUGUUGAAUUUCUCAUUGCCACAACCGCAGGCAGAUAUGACUAGUGCAGUUCCGGUGGCUAGUUCGAUGAUGACGCCCUUACCACUUUUGCUCUUAUAUUUGAUACGAAAAUGCUUUUGUCGUACUAGUAUUGAGGAAGUAGAGGAGGCUCCUACUAAAGAAUUAGGUUUAAAUGAGGUCGAAGCAAUAGUUGAAAAACAGAAAAGUAAAUUACCAGUGGAAAAAAAUACAAAUUCAACAUAUUCUACUGACACCACAGACGCGUGAAUGGAUUUUGACAAUGACUCUUCGGAUCUACAGAAGCCACAAUGGGCCACUCUUGUGUUGAGUAGCAUUAUUAGUUUUAAAUAAUAUUUUAUUUAUUAUAUAUUUUAUAUAUUACUUCACAUAUACAUAUACAAGUAUAAGUAUAUAUUUAAUGUCUGUUUUUUUAAUUCAAAUAUUCUCAUUUUUGAAUGCGAGUACAUUUGUAUGUGUGCUGCUCUUAAUUGGCAUAUAAGGCCUAAACAGACGUAAACAUUAUAUUGCAUUUAUAAUUAUUUCAUUUGGUUAGAUACACAUUUUUAUCAGUUU